GGAAUGUCACUCCUGUUUGCGGUCAUUCAAUUUGAACUGAUUUGUGAUAACGGGUUUUUGUACAAGCGAAUGUUUCAAAUGAAUAUUCUUCUUGCGCUUUUUUAAAGAUGAGCUUAUGCAGACAGUGAUCUUUCCAGAUUGCUGAUGGCUUCAACUUCUGCUAUGCCUCCAGGGCGUCCUAAACUGGACGAAGUUACUUGUCCAGAGCAUCCAGAUGCAACUAUGAUCGAGGACUACAGAGCUGGAGACAUGGUUUGCUCCAUGUGUGGUAAAGUUGUUGUGGAGAGAUGUAUAGAUGUCUCCUCAGAAUGGAGAUCUUUCGCAGAUUCGGGCGAGGAUAAAAGUCGUGUGGGAGAAGUUGAGAACCAUCUUUUAACUGGCAGUGGACUCGGAACAGUGGCCGAGAGGACUUCGCAUCUCUCGCACAACGACCAAUUCGAUUACAGUAGACAAACGAUGGUACGCGCGCAGAACACAGCUGACAGGACACUCACAGCUGGGUACAGAGAAAUUACGACUAUGGCGGAUAGAAUUAAUCUACAGGAAACUAUUAUAACCAGAGCGAAAACAUGUUACAAACAGCUAAUCGAAUCGGGCAAGUAUAGAGGUAAGAACCGAAUCGCAGUCGCCGCUUCGUGCAUCCACAUUGCAUGCAGACAGGAAGGAGUUCCAAGGUCAUUUAAAGAAACUGUGGCUAUCUCAAAUGUCGAUAAAACUGAACUUGGUCGAACGUACAAAAAAGUUCUAAAGGCUCUGGAGUCGUCUGUCGAAAUAAUCAAGUCAGGAGAUUUCAUGGCAAGGUUCUGUGGUAGUUUAGAACUGCCACAUUCGGUUAGAAAAGCGUCGGAGCAUAUUGCAAAUAAGGCGGUGGAGCUGAACAUUGUUGCGGGCAGGAGCCCUGUAUCAGUAGCAGCGGCGGCAAUAUACUUGGCGUCUCAUGCAUCCGACUUCCCGAAAAGUAAAGAACAGAUAGCUGCAAUUUCCGGAGCCGCUGAAGUCACAAUUAAACAAUCGUAUAAGAUGUUGCUUCCUCAUGUGAAGAUCUUGUUUCCAGAAAACACAAAUAAUGUGACUUGGAAUCUGAAUGACUUGCCAUCGCAGUGAAGACUUUUUAAGACUCAAAGAAUAAUGUAAUUUAUUUUGUUUCAA